GAUGGGCUGCGGGGCCAGGCCUGGUGGGGGGCAGGAAAUGGGCUCAGAGUCCCUGGGAUGGUCCAAGGGGCCCAGCCUGCAUCUCUGCUGACGGGGCCCCUCUCUUGCAGGAGCCGGGAUGGAUGACAUCUUCACGCAGUGCCGGGAGGGCAAUGCUGUGGCCGUGCGCCUCUGGCUGGACAACACUGAGAACGAUCUCAACCAGGGGGAUGACCAUGGAUUCAGCCCCCUGCACUGGGCCUGCCGUGAGGGCCGCUCCACCGUGGUGGACAUGCUCAUCAUGCGGGGCGCCCGCAUCAACGUCAUGAACCGCGGCGACGACACCCCACUGCAUCUGGCGGCCAGCCAUGGGCACCGGGACAUUGUGCAGAAGGUACUGGCUGAAUCGCAUUCAAAGGCAGACAUCCAUGCAGUGAAUUGAGCAUGGAAUACGCCACUGCAUAGCCUGUUCUGGGGCACCGACAGGGGCCGAGGUGAGAUGGUGAGCAACGGUUGGGCCCUUGUAGCCUCUCCAACAAAGUAUGGCAGAUGCCUGUGGAAAUGUGCCAAGGUACCACUGCGCGAACUGCGAAAGGAGCGUGCAGAGAAGCUGGGCCAGAGCCUGACCAAGAUCCCCUACAAGGACACCUUCUGGAAGGGCACCACUCGCACGCGGCCCCGAAACGGGACCCUGAACAAACUGGCUGGCAUAGACUUCAAGCAGCUGAGCCUGGCCCACAAACUCAACGAGAACCAGUCAGGAGAGCUGUGGAAGGGGCGCUGGCAGGGCAAUGACAUCGUUAUCAAAGUGAUGAAAAUUCGGGACUGGACAACACGGAAAAGCCGAGACUUCAACGAGGAGCAUCCCAAGCUCCGGAUCUUCUCACACCCCAAUGUUCUGCCAGUGCUGGGGGCCUGCCAGUCGCCCCCUGCCCCGCACCCGAUCAUCAUCACGCACUGGAUGCCGUACGGCUCCCUCUACAACGUCUUACACGAGGGGACAAACUUUGUUGUGGAUCAGAUGCAAGCAGUGAAGUUUGCCCUGGACAUCGCCCGGGGCAUGGCCUUCCUGCACACACUGGAGCCCCUCAUCCCACGCCACAAUCUCAACAGCCGCAGCAUCAUGAUCGACGAGGACAUGACGGCACGUAUCAGCAUGGCCGACGUGAAAUUCUCCUUCCAGUGCCCAGGCAGGAUGUAUGCCCCAGCCUGGGUGGCGCCUGAGGCACUGCAGAAAAAGCCAGAGGAAAUCAACCGGCGCUCGGCGGACAUGUGGAGCUUUGCAGUGCUGCUGUGGGAGCUGGUGACACGCGAGGUGCCCUUCGCAGACCUGUCCAACAUGGAGAUUGGCAUGAAGGUGGCACUGGAGGGGCUACGCCCGACCAUCCCGCCUGGCAUCUCCCCACACAUCUGCAAGUUGAUGAAGAUCUGUAUGAAUGAGGACCCUGCAAAACGGCCCAAGUUCGACAUGAUCGUCCCCAUCCUGGAGAAGAUGCAGGAGAAAUAGGGGCCAGCCCCCUGCUGCUUGCUGCUGCCAAGCUGCCCCCACCCCAUCCAAGUGCCUUCAGGAGGUGCCCCGCCCUUCCCAGCAGGCGGUGCUGGAGCUUUCCCAGACCCCGCAACCUGAGCCGGCCACAGACACAUGGUACGGAUGGUGCUGUCUCCCCUGGAGCCGCCCUGCAAGCUUCCUGCUCCAGCCACCAACCCUGAGGCUCCCAGGACCCACUGCACAACAGCCACCUCCACCUUUCCCCACAACUGUGGGUACAGGCUGGCCCUGCCCUGAGCCAGCUCCUGCUAAGGGGUGAGGGUGGCUAUUAAUCACAAGGCCGUCAGGCCUUGGAGCCACCCAGCACCUUAUGCCUCUCCUCACUUUCACAGGCACAGAACGACACCCCACCUCUCUUAUUAUAUAUAAAUUACCCCCAUCCCAGUGCCCUCCUCUAAGGACAGGGCCUCACUUGUCUGCCUGCACCUAGCGCUGUUCUGGCUUUGUGCUUCACCUUUUAAAGUAAUUUCCAGCCAGGCCACAUGGAAGAGCUGCCAGCUGAAAUAAACAUUUAUUAUGAAAACUA